AUGUGGUGGAUGCUGUUUCCACGCUGGAUCUGGUUCCUGGCGUGUGUGUCAGGGUGGAUGGAGCUCCAGGUCGGAGUUUUGACCCAAAUCACCUACUCGCACGCGGGGAUCUGCCCCAAUGACAUGAACCCCAACCUGUGGGUGGAUGCCAUGAGCACCUGCACACGAGAGUGUGAAACCGAUCAGGAGUGCGAGUCCUUUGAGAAGUGUUGCCAAAACGUGUGUGGGAAUCGGAGUUGUGUGGCAGCCCGAUACGUGGACGGGAAGAAGGGCCCCGUGGGAAUGCCCAGGGAAGCCAGCUGUGCGACUUUCAUGUGCACCCAGCAGGGGUCCGAGUGUGACAUCUGGGAUGGCCAGCCGGUGUGCAAAUGCCGGGACCGCUGCGAGAGGGAGCCGCACUUCACCUGCGCCUCCGACGGCAUGACCUACUACAACAAGUGCUACAUGGAUGCGGAGGCAUGCUCCAAAGGCAUCACCCUGUCGGUUGUCACCUGCCGCUUCCAUCUCACCUGGCCCAACACCAGCCCCUCCUUGCCCCAGGAGACCACUCUCCGCCCCACCACUGCUCCUCUUCAGGCCACUAUUCCGCCUCCUCAGCCCCCCGUUGUGAUCAGCAGCCCCGCUCACCAGACUGUGAAUUUGGGCGACACGGCCAGCUUCCCGUGUGAUGUGACGGGUCACCCCCAGCCUGAGAUAACCUGGGAGAAGCAGCUGCCAGAGGGGGUAGGGAGGGUGCUCAUGAGGCCCAAUCAUGUGCGAGGGAACAUGGUGGUCACUAACAUCGGUCAGCUGGUCAUCUACAAUGCCCAGCCGCAUGAUUCAGGUGUGUACACCUGUAUAGCCCAGAACCCAUCUGGCUCAGUGCAGGCCAGCCACCCCCUCACUGUGCUGCCCACAGAGCCGCCCAAAACCCCCGAGCCAAAGAACGUGACCCGCUGCCUGCCCGAUGAGUGCCUGAAGCCCCUUGAUAACCCAGAGGAUUGUGGGAGUGAGCUGGAGAAAGUCAGCUGGUACUACGAGCCCCAGUCCAACAACUGCUUCUCCUUCACCCAUUGCCACAGCGACAGCAACAGCCAGCACACAAGGAAAGUCUUCGAGACGUACGAGGAGUGCAUGCAGUGCUGCGGUCCAGAGCUCACAGGCCCCUGUGGUCUCCCCAGUCUGCAGGGCCCCUGUAAAGCCUACGAGCCACGCUGGGUCUACAGCAGCACCCUGCGGCAGUGCCAGUCCUUCAUCUACGGAGGAUGUGAGGGCAACGACAACAACUUUGAAUCCAAAGAAGCCUGCGAGGAAAUGUGCCCCUACCCGAAAAGCCACCACUGCAAGUCCUGCAAGCCGAGAGGCAAAAUGGUGACGAGCUUCUGCCGGAGCGACUUCGUCAUCCUGGGUCGCAUGACGGAGAUUACAGAGGAGAAAGACUCGGGCCACGCCCUUGUGACUGUGGAAGAGAUCCUGAAGGAUGACAAGAUGGGGCUCCGCUUCUUUGGCAAGGAACCUCUGGAAGUCACCUUCCUCAACAUGGACUGGAACUGCCCGUGCCCGAACAUCACCGUCGCCGCCGCUGAGGGACAGGUCAUCAUCAUGGGCAAUGUCAACGACGGUAUGGCGGUCCUUCAGCCGGAGAGCUAUGUGGGGGCCUCCAGCCCUCGCCGUGUACGGAAGUUGAGAGAGGUCAUCUCUAAGAACACGUGUGACAUUCUCAAAGCAAUCACUAACAGCCCCCAGUAG